CUGGCCCUAGGCUGGGGCUGGAUCUGGCGGCCAUGUUCUCCCUGCCGUCCCUCCCCUCCUGGCUCCCUGGCCUGUCCUCCCUCGAGUGGGGCUCUGGCCUCCUCCUCGACUCUAUCCUGAAAGGCCUCACCGGGGCCUGCGGAGUCUUCGUCCUCAACAGCCUCCUGAAGGUUUACUUCUUCGUGGGCUGUGCCAACAACCCGGAGCGGCGGCUGGAAAAGGAGCGGCUGAGGGCCCGGUGGGCCUCGCUGGAGACCGUGCACCUGGCCGGGCUGGCCCUGAUCCUGGCAGUCGUGGGGACCCGGGUGGCCUCCCUCGUGGUGCUGGAGUUCUCCCUCAGGGCCAUCUCCACGCUGCUCUCCCUGGGCAAGGGCUCGCGGAGCACCGAGAGGCUGCAGCUGUACCUGCUGAGCCAGUACUCGCUGGGCUGCGGGCUGAGCUGCGGCCUGAGCUUCCUGCAGGAGGGCGCCCCUCACCGCACCCUGAACCUGCUGCUGGGCCUCGGGCUGGCCGCGCUGCUGAGCAGGGCGGCCCAGCGCCUCCGCCGCCACGUCUGCCGCCUCUACGAGCUGCACAGCAGCCAGCGCUGCUGCGGGGUCUGCCUGGGGCUGCUGACGGGCGCGCAGGGCCUGCCCUCGCUGCUGGGCCGGGCCCUGGUCGCGGCCUUCGCUGUGGGCGACCUGGCGGCCGUGGCCCUCAUCAACCGGGACUUCCUGAGCACCUCGGAGGCCGUGGGCUUCUGGACGCCGCUCACCAUCUGCUACACCCUGCUGGUCAUCUACAUGCAAGAGGAGCAGCGGCAGCACACUGGCCUGCAGAGCCAGGUCCAGACGGUGCUGGUGCGCAUGGGUGGCCUGUUCGUGCUGCUGCUGACCGUGGGCCGCUGGCUGGACCUCCUGGGUGUGUUCAUCUCCCUGCUGGGCGAGCUCUGGUGCCUGGUGGGCGUCCGCACUCUGCUUGACCUUUGCCAGAUACAGGAUUUUUCAUCCCAGAGGCCUUCGGUGUCAGCUCCCAGCCAGCCCUGGCCCUCAGCACCUGCCCAGACCCAGGAGACGGCCCCCUCCUGACCUGCCCCACAGAGGACUCUAGUCUGUCCCAAGCCCAC